GGGGGGGCGGCGAUGUAACUGCCCAGGCCACCCGGGCCAGCCUGGCCCCGCCGAGGGCGCAGCUCCAGCGGGGGGAGCGGCCUGGCCCGGGGGCCCCAGGGAGGGGCCUGGCACCAGGUCCCCAGGGAUGAGGGCCUGGCCCGGGGUCCCCAGGGAGGAGCCUGGCCCAGGGGCCCCAGGGAGGGGCCUGGCCCGGGGAGCCGGUCACCCAAGUCCAGGCUGCUCUCCCCCGACCCCUGUGUGCCCGCAGCCCCCGCCAACUCCAGCCGCCGCCUUUCGCUCCCAGGGGUGGCCCCCCUCUCUGUCUGCAGGAGGCCGCCAUGGGCUUCUCCUCUGAGCUGUGCAGCGCCCAGGGCCACGGGGCCGUGCAGCUGAUGCAGGACAGCGAGCUGCGCUUUCUGGAGGGCAUGAGGAAGUGGAUGGCCCAGAGGGUGAAGAGCGACCGGGAGUACGCGGGGCUGCUGCAGCACCUGUGCCUGCAGGAUGGCGGGGGCCAGGGCCGGGGCGGCACCCCCGCCAGCCCCAUCGGCCAGGUGGGGUUCCCCGAGGCGCCCCUACCCGUCCCAUCCUCUCAGAAGCCCCCUGGGGUGGGCUCGGGGCCAUUGUCUGUCUCCCUCUGCCUGCCUGCUUCCCCCUCUGGCGCGGGGCCACAGUCCUGGGCCGAGAUCACCAGCCAGACGGAGAGCCUGAGCCGGCUGCUGAGGCAGCAUGCGGAGGACCUGAACGCAGGGCCCCUGAGCAAGCUGAGCCUGCUGAUCCGCGAGCGGCAGCAGCUGCGCAGGGCCUACAGCGAGCAGUGGCAGCAGCUGCAGCAAGAACUGACCAAGACCCACAGCCAGGACAUCGAUAAGCUGAAAAACCAGUACCGAUCCCUGGCUCGGGACAGUGCCCAGGCCAAGCGCAAGUACCAGGAGGCAAGCAAAGACAAGGACCGGGACAAGGCCAAGGACAAGUAUGUGCGCUGCUUGUGGAAGCUGUUUGCCCACCACAAUCGCUACGUGCUGGGGGUUCGGGCUGCGCAGCUGCACCACCAGCACCACCACCAGCUCAUGCUGCCCAGCCUCCUGCAGUCCCUGCAGGACUUGCAUGAGGAGAUGGCCCACGUCCUGAAGGAGAUUGUGCAGGAGUAUCUGGAGAUCAGCAGUCUGGUGCAGGAUGAGGUGGUGGCCAUCCACCAGGAGAUGGCCGCGGCCGCCGCCCGCAUCCAGCCGGAGGCCGAGUACCAAGGCUUCCUGCGGCAGCACGGCUCGGCCCCGGAAGUCCCCCCCUGCGUCACGUUUGACGAGUCGUUGCUGGAGGAGGGUGAGCCGCUGGAGCCCGGGGAGCUGCAGCUGAACGAGCUGACCGUGGAGAGCGUGCAGCACACGCUGACCUCGGUGGCUGAGGACCUGGCCGUGGCCACCGAGACGGUGCUGGGCCGGCGGGAUGCGGUCAGUAGGCUGCGGCGGGAGCUCCAGGAUGAGGAGCAGAGCACGCACCCCCGCGAGCGGGUGCAGCUGCUGGGCAAGAAGCAGGCACUGGGGGAGGCCCUGCAGGCCCUGCAGGUGGCGCUGUGCAACCAGGCCAAGCUGCAGGCCCAGCGAGACCUGCUACAGAGCAAGCUGGACCAGCUGGGCUCCGGCGAGGCCCCCGCCGUGCUGCUCCUGCAGGAGGACCGUCAGUCCACCUCGUCCUCAGAGCAGGAGCGGGAAGGGGGGCGGACGCCUACGCUCGAGCUCCUUAAGAGCCACUUCUCUGGAAUCUUCCGCCCCAAGUUCUCGCUCCCGCCCCCGGUGCAGCUGGUCCCCGAGGUACAGAAGCCGCUGCAGGAGCAGCUGUGGUACCACGGGGCCCUGCCUCGGGCCGAGGUGGCCGAGCUGCUGGUGCAGUCCGGGGACUUCCUGGUGCGGGCGAGCCAGGGCAAGCAGGAGCUCGUGCUGUCCGUGAUGUGGGACGGCCUGCCCCGCCACUUCAUCAUCCAGUGCUCUGACGGCCUGUACCGGCUGGAAGGGGACGGCUUUCCCAGCAUCCCCCUGCUCGUCGACCACUUGCUGUGCUCGCAGCAGCCCCUCACCAAGAAGAGUGGCGUGGUGCUGUCCCGGGCCGUGCCCAAGGACAAGUGGGUGCUGAACCAUGAGGACCUGGUGCUGGGCGAGCAGAUCGGGCGGGGGAACUUUGGCGAAGUGUUCAGUGGACGUCUGCGUGCGGACAACACGCUGGUGGCGGUGAAGUCCUGUCGGGAGACGCUUCCGCCCGACCUGAAGGCUAAAUUCCUGCAGGAAGCCAGGAUCCUGAAGCAGUACAGCCACCCCAACAUCGUGCGUCUUGUCGGCGUCUGCACACAGAAGCAGCCCAUCUACAUCGUCAUGGAGCUGGUGCAGGGUGGUGACUUCCUGACCUUCCUGCGGACGGAGGGUGCCCGGCUGCGCGUGAAGGCCCUGCUGCAAAUGGCCGGGGACGCGGCAGCUGGCAUGGAGUACCUGGAGAGCAAGUGCUGCAUCCACCGGGACCUGGCUGCUCGGAACUGUCUGGUGACUGAGAAGAACGUUCUGAAGAUCAGCGACUUCGGCAUGUCCCGCGAGGAGGCAGAUGGCAUCUACGCCGCCUCUGGGGGCCUCAGACAAGUCCCCGUGAAGUGGACCGCGCCCGAGGCCCUUAACUAUGGCCGCUACUCCUCCGAGAGCGACGUGUGGAGCUUCGGCAUCUUGCUGUGGGAGACGUUCAGCCUGGGCGCCUCCCCGUACCCCAACCUCAGCAACCAGGAAACGCGGGAGUUUGUGGAGAAGGGGGGCCGCCUGCGCUGCCCGGAGCUGUGCCCCGACGCCGUGUUCAGGCUCAUGGAGCAGUGCUGGGCCUACGAGCCGGGGCAGCGGCCUGGCUUCAGCGCCAUCUACCAGGAGCUGCAGUGCAUCCGCAGGAGGCACCGCUGAGACUGGCCCCCCCGGCCUCCAGCCUGGGCUUCCGACAACGCCGAGAGUGGUUGGCCAGGCAGAGACAAUAAAACCCUGUGUGCCCA